UGGUCCAGAGAAGACUCUGUGGACGCACUGCAGGUCAACCAUGAGUAAAUUUGCCAAGGCUCUGUACGACAACGUCGCGGAGUGUGCGGACGAACUCGCCUUCAGAAAAGGCGACAUCGUCAUGGUGAUGGAGCAAAAUGUGUCGGACACCAGCGGCUGGUGGAAGUGUUCCCUGCACGGCCGCCGUGGUCUGGCCCCCGCAAACCGACUGGAGCUCCUGCCACAGGCUGUGACCGCGGCGGGGCCCGCGAGGCACGACGCCGAAAAGCCCGCUGUGAAUAAAGCUAAAGGUCACGUCAAAGUGCCAAACAUCUACCAGAUCCCGAGCCCGCCCCAGCCCAUCAGCACCAUCACCUACGAACGCAUGGACGGGAUUUGCAAAGACUUGUCUUCGCCCUCGCUUGCUCCACGCGGCCAAAUCCCGUCAGCAUUGAGGCAGGAGACCAACGGACCGGGCCUGAACAAGCCUCUAUUCUCCAGCCUGGCUUCCAGCCCCAAAAGGGAAGUCUACGACGUGCCGUCCCAAGCAAGACAAGCUUCUCUUUUAGUUGAAUCAUCACCUGCAAGCCAAAUCCCAAAGGCAAAAUUUCUUGCUCCAGUUUCAGAGCCGGAGAAGAUGUCCGACACGCUGGAGAGUUUAAGGAGCAACAGUCAAACAGACUCUUAUGUGUAUGCAGUGCCACCAUCUCUGGCUCAGGACCCAAACUAUGACAUCCCUGUUCCCUCAGGCACAGAAUACCAACAUAAAGUUCUCAGUGCAUUCAGCACUCUUCCUAAUCUGCGCAAACACGAGUGGAUCUACGACGUACCCGCGGGUUCUGAGAAGCAAAGUUUUCUCCAAGGCACCUAUGACACCUUGCCACCCAGAGCUACUUGCAGGCAGCUGUAUGACACUAUACCUGCUCAAAAAACAAAUCCAAACUCUUCAAUUUAUGAUACGCCAAAACCCUGCAUUCCUGACAAGCCAAAAACAUUCCCCCGUGCCAAACACUCACACAAACCUCCAACUCAGCAGCCGACAGAGGAGUCACCAUAUGAUGUUCCACCCAAAGAAGACCCUCCCCCGCAGGUGGUGAGUGAUCCUCCAGGAGAUUAUAAAUCCCUUGAGACAAGGGGUGACCCAAACAAUAUUCUGGAACUGAAAAGGGUGCGUCUACAGCGGAUGAGGAACUUUUUGGCUUGUACGGCUUUUAAUGACCUCCCAGGAAGCGGGAAGGCUACGGCACCAGAAAACGAGCAAUUCAGACCAGGUCUCUCUGCAGUACUGAAUCAAAGAAUUAGCACGGCCUCCAGCUCUUCCACCAGCUCUUGUGACUCUCUAUCCUUAAGCUCAUCGUCCCCGGAGCCUCUUCGAGAAGUGGCACUCAGCCAGGAAGAAGCUUGCCGAAAACUCCUUGAGCUUCAGGAUUCUGUUUGCGGGGCGAUGCCCCAGCUCAUGGACUUCGUAAGCAGCAACUGGAGGUGUAAAAACCAUUUGGAGAAACACCUGAAAGAAAUCAAGGAAGCAACAGAGACAAUCGUAUCAGCCGUGACAUGCUUUCUCAACUUUGCCCUUGAUAUUAAGGGCAAUGCUCGUCAUUUAACUGAUACCAACCUGCAAACCAGGCUCUACAAACAGCUGUCCAUAGUAGAAGACUCUGGUGUGAUCCUACAACAAACAGCGAGCUCUCUGAACACAGCUGGCUGGGCCCUCGAUUCACUCUGGCAGGACGCAGGCCAGACCCAGAACCCUGACCAGCUUGAUCGUUUCGUGAUGGUGGCGCGCACUGUACCUGACGAUGUCAAGCGCCUAGUGUCCAUCAUCUAUGGGAACAGUAAGCUUCUUUUUAAAACUCCUCAAAAAGACCAAGAGCCUGUGAACAACAGAAGUCCACCACAGACCAAGAAAAGUCCUGACAAAACUGAAGAAGGACAAGAAUCGCAGGAAGACGACAAUGACUACGUCGAGCUACAGAGAAAAAUUGAAGAAAGGAAGCCAGAAGAAAUACUUAAAGGUCCAAAAGAAAACAUCUCACCAGCCUCUAAACAGGUUGACAAUAAGCGUAACUCGUCUGAGUCCAGCAGCAGCACAGAAGAACAGCAGUCAGCCUCCCUGUCGGAGCACUGCCGACUUUACUUCGGAGCGCUUCAAAAGGCUAUUGGUGGGUUUGUGGAAAGCCUUCAGAAUAACCAGCCGCCGGAGAAGUUCAUCUCACAAAGUAAGCUGGUCAUCAUGGUGGGGCAGAGACUGUUGGACACUCUUUGCAGGGAGGCCCAUCGUCAAGGGUCCUGCAAAAACCUCCUGUGCAAGAGCAACCACCUGUGUGCUCUCCUCAAGCAGCUGGCCGUGGCCACCAAGAAGGCCGCUGUGCACUACCCAGAGAAGCAGGCCCUGCUGGAAGUCCAAGACUUCGCUAGGGAACUAGCCCAGAUAGCACAGCAGUAUCGGAUAUCGCUCGACCUCUGAGCGGAGGCGCCAAGCUAAUGUGUUUGUAGAGCAAAAGCGAACGUAUCGUCCAUCAACCUGUGUUCGUUUCCAUUUCAGUGGCUGCCUUGACAGCUUUUGAUAAAUGUUGGGUUUAAUAUCAAAUGCAGGCGUUUCUAAUAGUAAACGUGGAUGAGUGAAGACGUUCUCUUUGUAAUGAGCAAGGAUAGCUGCGUUGCACAUUUGGCAUACUGGAAUGUGAUGCUGCUUCAGUAUAGAGUUAAAAUUCAGUUUUGCUAUUCUAAUUCAUAUUUUCCUUCUCUGAAUGUACUUUAUCGGUUUUUUGUGUAUUUUUUAAAUUUCUACUUGAAGAAAAUGUCAUCUCCCAGGUGAAUGUUUGAUACAUCCUGCCUUCUGUAAAUGUUCUGUACAAAACACAUUCAACACUCAUAAAGUUUAAUGUCAAAAACCGACAUACGUUCAACUUUCACUGAUGUUAUGACUGUACGCUGAAAACCUAAU